AGCACCACUGUAAUCUUCACCAGCCUGACUUGUGCCCUGUAUCAGGUGUUUAGUUAGCACAAUCCAAACGCAUACCAUGUGUAGGUGUAUUUUCUGUAAUAGACAGCCAUCACAGCCAGGGUGUAGCUUUGCCUUGCUGGCUUUUGGCAAGUUACUUCCUGAACUGACAUUUCCCAGUACAAGUAGACAGGUCUGUUCUUGACAACGUUCAUUCUGUGCCUGCCUUUUUCGGAAUUUUUUUGCUUUUGAGAUUUACCCUGUCUCAGUAGGGAGAGUAACACCAUUUCCUGCUUCUACACCAGAAAAGCAAGAUUUCAAGUCCAGACAAGAAAAUCUAACCCUCAUAUCACGCGGUGCAAUCGAUUUUUCAUAGAACAUGUGGAAGUUUUGGAUUCUGCUCUUAGCUUGUAAUCUUAUGCCUGGUACAUGUAUAGAUGAGUCCUGGACAGAUGAUAUCGAACAUCUAGAUCUGACAUAUGGCCAGCAGUUAAGUAUCACGCUGAGUAGUGUGACUGCGAAAUUAAAGUUUAUACCUGUGAAUAAACCGCAGGCGACUAUUAUCUGGUCCAAAGGCAUCCAGGCCAAAAAAGGACAAGUGAUAUCAUCAGAGGAAGAAAGACGCUUCAUAAUUAAUUUUGUCACAUUUGACGAUCAGGGAAACUACACAGAGUUGAACGUCUUGGAUGAAGUGGAAGUUGUCCAUUCAGUGAUGGUUCUCUCUAAAAGGCGUAUCCAGAAAUGUAUGCCUGGGAAAAAUCUCAGCAUUUCCCUGGAUGGCCUUUCAAAAGAUGAUGUUAAGCUACAAUACUCCAGCAAAGAUUUCAACCUCACGCUGGUGGAGCAUGGCUCACCUGUGGGCAACAGCCAGCCUGGGUAUUGGGGGCGGAUUCACAUGACUACAAAAAAUAUCCAAGUUCAUAUCCUUGAUGGUUCCGAUGUGGGGAUGUAUACACUCCGUGACCGUGAAAAUAAUAAGGUCAUGAUCGUCACUCUGAACAUAGGUGGCUGUGGACUUAAGACGACUCAACUGAAACUGAUGCAUGGCGAGGAGCUUUGUAUCAAGCUGCCGAUUUGGUUUAAGAAGCUGGAGUUCAAUUCAGUGAAUGAAGUGCAAUCUGAUACCUGGCCCCGCUGUUCAGAGGGCCCAAGGAAAUCUAUUAAAGGAUCUGAUUAUGAAAGGCAAUUUAUAAUCAAGCCUGUGACAUUUGAUGAUCAAGGAAACUACACAAGGUGGAACUACAGGAACCAUAUGUCAUCUAUUUAUAAACUGGAGGUUGUCUCUGCACACCGUGUCCAGGAUUGUGUAGUUGGUAACACACUCAACAUUUCACUGGACAGCCUUUCAAAAGACAGCGUCUCAUUAUAUUUCACCAACCAAAAGGUCAACGGCACUCUGGUGGAGCGUGGCUCACUUGCUGACAAUUUGCCUGAUCUCUUCAAAGAACGGAUCCAGAUAACUAGCAGCAAUAUCCAGGUGCUCAAGACUGAGGAGUCUGAUAUGGGCAAUUACACACUCACUGAUGGUGAAGGUCGCACGGUCAAGGUCAUUACUCCGAACUUUGUCUAUGAAUCAAACCCUCUGCUAGUUCUACUGCUGUUGCUUUUUAUCCCACCCUGUAUAUGCUUCUGCUAUGGGAAUAAGAUCUUUAAAAAAUGUAAGAAAACUACCAGUAGCACCACCAACAGCAACACCAACAGCAACACCAGGAGCACCACAAGAACCGCCAAUGCGAGCACAGCGAAGUUUGAAAACCAAAAGCCACUUCUUGCAUCUUCAUCAGGCAGCAGGAACCUUGAAGCUCCUGUAUGUGGCUCACUGGUGGUGUAGACUCCAGCCCCAAGCACUAACUGAUGUCCAGACCACUUUGGAUUUCACUGUCCAGUUCAACAAUAACAUCAGAAGUCCCCCUUCUUUUUAUUUCUGCAGCCUUCUGUACUAUCUUGCAUGGUCUCUGGGGGGAAAACAGGGAUAGUUGAACAGUCACUCUGCAGAGUUGAUCCAAAGGUUAGGUUUAUUAAUGUAGUUUAAUUUGUGUUUAGUCAAUGAGCUGGAGCCAAAUAUUGCUAGGAAUUUUAAAUAAUAUAUAGGCUUUUUUUUUUUUUAAUUUGAGAAUAACCGCUGGAUGAACUGCAGGUCUAGCAAGAGAGGUAACUCUGGUCAGUAUGUACGUGGGUAAAUUUCAAGUUCAAAGUAAUCCUGCAAAAUAGCCAGAUGGAUAGAUUUUAUUGAAGCCCAAAGGAAAUUUAUAUAAUCAGUUCUAGAAAAAUGGCACUUCUCAUACCUUUACACGAUUAUAUGGGGGGAAGCCAUGGCCUAAUGGUUAGAGAAGCAGCUUUGGAAGCAAAAGGUUGCUGGUUCGCUUCCCUGGACCAGCAGGAAUGGCUGAAGUGCCCUUGAGCAAGGCAGCUAACCCCCCAACUGCUCCCCAGGCUUUUCUGGGUUUGUCGUAUGUUGCUCUGGAUAAGAGCGUCUGUAAUGUAGUGUGAUAUUUGAGGGUAAAGCCGAUUUACAUAUUAUGCAAAACUAUGGAGAUGAUUCUGUGCCAGAGAGAAAAGUAUUCACUCCAGUGUUGUGCAAAUAGUAUUACUUUUCAUUUGUGACCUGCAGAAAACACAGCACAAUGAAAAUACAGUGGUGCUUGAAAGUUUGUGAACCCUUUAGAAUUGUCUAUAUUUCUGCAUAACUAUGACCUAAAACAUCAGAUUUUCAC